AUGUUCUCCCUUCGGAGAAAAUCAAGACCUGUACCAGAGCCAACGAAGAUACGCGGGUCGCCUUCAUUGCCAGAGUUAAAUAGUCAAGGAAUUCCCUGGCCAGAAAGUCUUGUAGAUGUAUCCAGCAUUCGUCAGGACAUUCCCCCCAUCUCUGAACACAUUCCCAAAGGUGCGGCCCCUAUCUCUUUGCAGGGAGCUCCCCAUGUUAUCCCCUUCCACAAACCGUUUCGGCCCUCAGGUAGCGGGGAAGGCCUUCCAUCCAUCUCUUCUUUGUACAUGUCAAAUGCACCUGCAAAUUCCACCAACGGACCUAUCCCUCGGACUGCCUCAAGCAAGUACAGUCAACGAAGAGCUCGUGCGCCACCCACAUUCAAUCUCAUGGUUGUCGGUGGACUAGGUACCGGAAAGACUUCCCUCCUUCGGCUCUUGCUCGAGACCGCGGACCUUUCGCCUACUGCUACAGUGGACCAACGAGCUGCCGUGGAUCGCUUCUUGAGCGGCUCUCCGAAACCAACCCAAUCUAUUCAUACCGCUUGCGUUGAAAUCUGUGAAUCGAAAUAUGAUAGAGUGCUUUUCUCUGUUAUUGAUAGUCCGGGGCUCGAUUUCAUGGAAGGAAGAGAGUUGAAGCUGGAGAGGCAGGUUAGUAGUGUUAUCAAGUAUAUUGACGCGCAAUAUGCGGAUACCCUAAGUGAGGAAUCCAAAGUCGUCCGAAAGAACAAAGGAGACCAACACAUUCAUCUGUGCAUCUACUUGAUUGAUCCCUCCUCUAUUAUGACUGUUGCGGAGCGCAGGAUCAAAUCAUCUCUGCCCACCAAAACGCGGUCAGAAACCACAGUCUCCUAUCGAACACCUCCAGAUCUCAUUCCAGAUACUUCUUCGGACUCCGAGGAUGAAGAAAGCCCUCUCACCAUGGCACCCGCUGAAAUUCGCGUCAUUCGGCGGUUGGCUGCGCGUUGCAAUGUCCUCCCUACGAUCGCCAAAUCAGAUUCUCUGACAGACGAUGCUCUGAAAAAUGCGAAAGAAGCAGUCAGAAGGUCUUUGUCAGAAGCUGGACUUGAUUUUGGAAUUUUCGGGCCACCACAAAUCUCAACACCAAAGAAGGCCAGAGCAGCACGUUUUGCCGGCGAUUUGAACGACGCGACCGACGCAAGCAAUACAGAAGAUGAAGAUGAAGAGCGACAAUCCAGACCGGUCAUCAAGCUUCGUCGGCCCACAGUUGGUCGUGCACUCUCGCGGUCGCGCUCACGACGCGACUUGUCACAGGCUGCUGAAGAUGAACAUCGACCAGUUUCGCCAGAUAUGGAGAGCGUUGCAAGCGUCAGAUUCUCUGCUCAUAUCGUGGCUAAACCCGAUCUGACUACCUUAAUGCCCUUCGCGCUCAUUGCUCCUGAAAUCACCGCGCUGAACCGGCAUAACACAUCGACUGAUGACCAGAUGUUGAAUACGGCUCCCUCUUCCCCUAUACAACAAUCGGAAGAUGGGCACGCACUUUCGGUGGAGAGCAGCCGCCGACAUUCUUAUCUACAAGGCCCGCCGCCUGAUGCCCUGAAGAAUGUUUUCAUUCGAAAGUUUCGAUGGGGGACUGUGGACGUACUGGACCCGGACCAUUGUGAUUUUUCUGCUUUAAGAACAGCUGUACUGUCUACACAUCUCAAAAUGCUCAAGGUCCACACAAAAGAAGUGUUGUAUGAAAAAUACCGAACCGAAAAGCUUCUUGCGCGUCGCGCGACCAGCCAGAUCACAGACGAGCAAAAGGACAGACUUCUCCAAGAUCUCGGAUUGUGA